AGAGUUUUACAUUCUUGCCAUUUAUAGGCAUGAACUCUCUAUUAAUUUUGGCAUUUAAUGAGAAAAUAAGUACUGUAAAAUCUAUGUAAAAGUACACAACAAAUUAUAAUUUAUCCGGUCCCGAUUUGGAUCAAUGUAAAAAAUGAGCAAAUUAAAAACAAAAAAUAUAAGAUAAUAAAUAUUUAGAACCAGCCUACAUAAAUGCAUGUAUUUUAAAUUCUAUAAGUUAAUAAUUUUAAAACUAUAAAAAUAAAAUUCAUCAAGAAAUUUACAAAAUAAUUAGGAUAAUCUAGAAAAACAUGAAUAUGAAGUUGUGUGUGAAAUUAAAAGACUAGUAGAAGUUCGUCUUGAUAUACUCAAAAUCUCUGGUGUUGUCUUCUCUAAUUGCAACAAGUAGUUUUGAAGAAUCGAUGCGGCUUUAAGUGCUUCCUUUCUCGUUGUCGAUUCCAAUGGUGUUGAAUUAUCAUCUCUUUCAUCUCCAAUCGUGCCACCAAUGACAUUGGUCACAACCUCUUCUGAACUUUCCGCCUCGAUCGAUACAUUCAUCAUUUUCAUCUAUUAAGUUUUAGUACAAUGAAUACGUAGAAUCCGAUAAGUUAUCGAAUGAAAUUGAAGUAUUUGAAAGAUAAGAUGAAUAUUUAUGGGAUAUUCAAAGUAAUUAUGUAUGAAUUUGGACGAUUAAGUUAAUUUUAUAAAAAAUCUAAGAAAUUGUUUUAUAAUAAAUCAAAUGUAUGAAUAUGAUUUUAAGACAAUAAAAUUGUUUAUGUUAAUUGUUAACCAUAUAUAUUAUAAAAAAUUAACUUAAUAAAUUAUCAAUUUAACAAUUAAUUAAUAACUACUAAAAAUAAGUAAUUUUUCAAUCUCCAUGGUAUAGUGGUACAAACCUCUUAAAAUAGUAAUAAUAAUAAUAAAAAUAAAGCAAACAACCAUCCAACAUAUGUCUAGUCAAUUUGGGUGGCUUAUCAGGGGACGGAUGUUGUCGUUACCUGAUAUCAUUACAACCGAACGGUUUCACUCUAGUUCUAUAUCAUUGUUCCACAUUUCCAAUGGACUAUUGGUCUUUUCCUUGACUCGAUCGGAUGGAAUAAAAGGAAACCUGUCUUUGUUGAAAAACUAAGGUCCAGUCAAAUAUGAAAGAAAACCAUCAUGGGCUCAUCAAUUUUUUUCCCCGGCGGUGUAACGUUGCGCCUAUAAAAACGGCAACUCUUACACAUAUCUAGCCAUCUCGACCUCGCUAACCUCUUUGUCUCUUUGGUGAAAGUUAACCCAAAACACUUAGCUAGCCAGACUGACUACUGAAACUGGCUAACUGAAAAGAUGAGAGUUGCAGUGAAGGAAAGUUGCAUGGUCAGACCGGCCAAGGAAACCCCGCGGCAGCGCCUGUGGCUCUCCAACUUGGACCAGUUGGUCGUUAAAAAAAAUGAUCACAUGAUGACGACGAUGCUGCAACCUUACAGGCCUGACGGCCGCUCUCGCAAUUUCUUCGACGGCAGGGUGAUGAAGGAGUCCCUGAGUCAGGCCCUCGUCACCUUCUUCCCGGCGGCGGGGAGAUUGGCCCGGGAUGAAUCCGGCGAAUUUGAAAUCGACUGCGGUGGCCAAGGCGUCCUUUUCGUGGAAGCUGAAACUGAUGCCACCAUUUCAGACAUGGGCGAUUUCCAGCCUGGUCCUCAGUUACUGCAGUUAGUCCCACAAGUUGACUUCUCCAAAGGCAUUUCCUCCUUUCCCUUGCUUCUCGUACAGCUGACAAGAUUCCGAUGCGGUGGAGUUUGCCUGGGGAUUGGGUAUCACCAUGGCCUCUCUGACGGCACAGAGUGCUAUAAUUUAUUCACCAAAUGGGCUAGCCUAGCUCGUGGUCGUCUACCUGUGACGGCGAACCUCCUGCCUUUCCUCGACCGGACAAUUCUCCGAUCAAGAUCUCCACCGGCUCCGACGUGUCACUUCGUGCUGAACUUCGGGUGGGGCGACCCGAUUUUUACUCGUUCACCAAGUUAUGAAGGAUCGCGUUUCAUAUUGUCGAAACCCAAUGAUGAAAACGAUGUUUCGUCGCUCUCCAUUAACUUAGAGGCCGUCGCGAUGGAGAGAUUCAAAGGGCUGUUCAAUACUACAUGGCCACAACUUCAUUCUCACUUGUGAUUCAAACGGUUGGAAUCAAUGUUAGGAAUCGAACUCUGGUUGCUCGAAUGUAGACGAAGUUGCGGGAAAACAAGAAUCGGCCUAUUUAAAUUAAUACUUCAUCGUUUGUCAUGAUAUGCUUUGAGUUCUUAUAUUUUAAGUUGUUGCAUUUGUAUCCUGAGUCUGUGUUGUUUAUUUGUUGAGAGCUUUCAGCUCAAGUAGUUAGAUGUUGGAUGUUCAUGAGAGUCUGAUCCGAGUUAAUCUUAUAAUCAAGUUGUUAUAUCAAU